CUGCGCGCUUGCGUGAGGGCGGGCGGCGGGGACGCGCGCGCGCCGCGGGGGCGGGUUCUGUCGAGCACCCAGCUGCAGCCGCGGAGCCGGACGUGUCCGCGAAGAUGGCGGGCCGGAGCAUGCAAGCUGCAAGAUGUCCUACAGAUGAAUUGUCAUUAACCAACUGUGCAGUUGUGAAUGAGAAGGAUUUCCAGUCUGGCCAGCAUGUGAUUGUGAGGACCUCUCCCAAUCACAGGUACACAUUUACACUGAGGACCCAUCCAUCAGUGGUGCCAGGGAGCAUUGCAUUCAGCCUACCUCAGCGAAAAUGGGCUGGACUUUCUAUUGGGCAAGAAAUAGAAGUCUCCUUGUAUACAUUUGAUAAAGCUAAACAGUGUAUUGGCACAAUGACCAUCGAGAUUGAUUUCCUGCAGAAAAAAAACAUCGACUCCAACCCUUAUGAUACCGACAAGAUGGCAGCAGAAUUUAUUCAACAGUUCAACAACCAGGCCUUCUCAGUGGGGCAGCAGCUUGUGUUUAGCUUCAAUGAAAAGCUUUUUGGUUUACUGGUGAAGGAUAUUGAAGCCAUGGAUCCUAGCAUCUUGAAGGGAGAGCCUGCAACUGGUAAAAAACAGAAGAUUGAAGUAGGACUGGUUGUUGGAAAUAGUCAAGUUGCAUUUGAAAAAGCAGAAAAUUCAUCACUCAAUCUUAUUGGCAAAUCUAAAACCAAGGAAAAUCGCCAAUCUAUCAUAAAUCCUGACUGGAACUUUGAGAAAAUGGGAAUAGGAGGUCUGGACAAAGAAUUUUCAGACAUUUUUCGACGAGCAUUUGCUUCGCGCGUAUUUCCUCCAGAGAUUGUGGAGCAGAUGGGUUGUAAACAUGUUAAAGGCAUUCUGUUAUACGGGCCCCCAGGUUGUGGUAAGACUCUCUUGGCUCGACAGAUUGGCAAGAUGUUGAAUGCAAGAGAGCCCAAAGUGGUCAAUGGGCCAGAAAUCCUCAACAAAUAUGUGGGAGAAUCAGAGGCUAACAUUCGCAAACUUUUUGCUGAUGCUGAAGAGGAGCAAAGGAGGCUUGGUGCUAACAGUGGUUUGCACAUCAUCAUCUUUGAUGAAAUUGAUGCCAUCUGCAAGCAGAGAGGGAGCAUGGCUGGUAGCACUGGAGUUCAUGACACUGUCGUCAACCAGUUGCUGUCCAAAAUUGACGGGGUAGAACAGCUGAACAAUAUCCUUGUCAUUGGAAUGACCAAUAGACCAGAUCUGAUAGAUGAGGCUCUCCUUCGACCUGGAAGACUGGAAGUUAAAAUGGAGAUAGGCUUGCCAGAUGAGAAAGGUCGACUACAGAUCCUUCACAUCCACACAGCAAGAAUGAGAGGACAUCAGUUACUCUCUGCUGAUGUAGACAUUAAAGAAUUAGCUGUGGAGACCAAGAAUUUCAGUGGUGCUGAAUUGGAGGGUCUGGUGCGAGCAGCACAAUCCACUGCUAUGAACAGACACAUAAAGGCAAGUACUAAAGUGGAAGUGGACAUGGAGAAAGCAGAGAGUCUGCAGGUGACAAGAGGAGACUUCCUUGCUUCUUUGGAGAAUGAUAUCAAACCAGCAUUUGGCACAAAUCAAGAGGAUUAUGCAAGUUAUAUUAUGAAUGGAAUCAUCAAAUGGGGUGACCCAGUUACUCGAGUUCUGGAUGAUGGGGAGCUGCUGGUCCAGCAGACUAAAAACAGUGACCGCACACCACUGGUUAGCGUCCUUUUAGAAGGCCCUCCUCAUAGUGGGAAGACUGCAUUAGCUGCAAAGAUCGCAGAGGAAUCCAACUUCCCCUUCAUCAAGAUCUGUUCUCCUGAUAAGAUGAUUGGCUUUUCUGAGACAGCCAAGUGUCAGGCCAUGAAGAAGAUCUUUGAUGAUGCAUACAAAUCCCAACUCAGUUGUGUGGUUGUGGAUGACAUUGAGAGAUUGCUAGAUUAUGUCCCCAUUGGCCCCCGAUUUUCUAAUCUGGUAUUACAGGCUCUUCUUGUGUUACUGAAAAAGGCACCUCCUCAGGGCCGAAAGCUUCUUAUCAUUGGGACCACUAGCCGCAAAGAUGUCCUUCUGGAAAUGGAAAUGCUUAAUGCCUUCAGCACCACCAUCCACGUGCCCAACAUUGCUACUGGAGAGCAGCUACUGGAAGCUUUGGAGCUUUUGGGCAAUUUUAAAGAUAAGGAACGCACCACAAUUGCACAACAAGUCAAAGGGAAGAAAGUCUGGAUAGGAAUCAAGAAGCUACUGAUGUUGAUCGAGAUGUCCUUGCAGAUGGAUCCUGAAUACCGCGUGAGAAAAUUCUUGGCCCUCUUGAGAGAAGAAGGAGCGUAUGAGAGACCAAGCAAGGAGGUUGGUUGUUCUGUUGGUUUGCUCUCCCUGUCCUGCUUCGCAAAACUACCUUGUCACAAUGCAGGGAAAAACUUGAUGUAGCCCUCUUGACUUUGAUUGAAAAUGGACUCUUUGCAACACACGGUGACCAAGGGACAUGACCAAGGUGAAGAUGGCCUGGGAUCUUCACUCAUCUUGCUGGAGAUACUGGACUAAGUGAAACAUUCUCUACCUUCAACCUGCACUCACUGCAUGAUUAGUGCAAAAACACUCCCCUCUUCAUGCUUAUUGAGAUAUUCUGGUGUUUUUGUGGAAAGUGUAAAUCUGCUUAAGAUGCUGUGCUUACCUUCCCCCAGCUGAGGUGGUUCCUUCUUACUCAGAGUCUGUGUGGGAGCCAUACUGUAUUUGUGCACACUACACAUUUGAAGCUCCGUACCACCUGAAAACUAUUAGUAAAGGUAACAAAUGUUGCAGGACAACACUUGACCUUGUUAGAAGGUCGACUUUCUGCAUGCAAAACAAGAGCAGUGAGCAGAGGCGUGGGUUCUCUGGGACUCUAUACAACUCCCCUACGCUUACACUAACGGUAAUUGGUAUUUGGUUAAAGGUAUUCCCAUGGAACUGGUUAUUAUUGCCUGAAGAAACAGGGCUUUGAAUAUCUAAGAUGCUGUUCUUAAUCAUUUUCAGGGAUAUUUUCAAGUUGCAAUCAGGAGAUCUUUCUUAUUAGAAAGUCCAAUUGUCACUGUGGUGGCUGUGACAUCCCCUUGAUAUAAUUAAUUUGCUCUGUGGUAAGAUAUAUGCUAAUUAUUACCACUCAGAAGAUGUUGUUAAAAACUUAUGAAAGAUAUGUAUGGAAAAAUGUACACCCCUAAACAGAAAGGAAUUAUUAAAAUAAAGUAAUUUACAAACCUCUCAGCACUAAUUAGUGUCCAACUCUAAGUGGGUCAAUUCCUUAGGAUAAUAUAAAAGGCUUAUUAGUAUCACCACUUUUCUCUUUUCCUUAGCCUAAUGACUUACUUAGAAUUUGUCCUUCCUUUAUUUUAAAUUAUCUUUACUAUCUAGCAUGCAAAUAAAACACUAUUAUCCAGAGAAAUAAGCCACGUCCUCACCCUCUCCCUUCAGCCCUUGAACACCCGUCUGAUCCUUUCCCUCAUCCUCUACACGCUUCUUCCAAAGGGAAGGAGAACUCGUUGAGUCCUUUUGAGGGUGACUUGUCUUAUCACUGAGUUGGAAGGAAUUUAAUUAGGUUAUCACAUAUGGUGAUGAGACAUAUGGAGCACGACUCUCCCACUGCUGCUUAAAACACGAGGACAGGUGGUCAGAAGCCACCACUUCUGACCAGUUUGUUGCCACAGUGGCACUUGGGUGUGGCAAGUAGAAGGCCAAUCAUCUCCAAAUCUUGUUCUCUGUAUACUAUUGUUUUGAGUCUUCAUCCCUGGCUCAUUUUGUGGCUUUUAUGACAGUGGAUUUAUUGUGGAAUUUUGUGAUCCCUGGUGGCCCAUGUCCUGAAUCCCCAACCUGUUUGCCAUCUUGCCUCUUCCCUCCUCCCGAGAAGCAGCACACAUUGUAUUAACUUAUGUCUCUUGUUAAAUAAGGAUAAUGUCUUUGUGUUCUGUCCAAAACUAUAUUGAAAAAGAUAAAUAUUAUAUUGUUUAAUGCAAAUGAAGGAAUGCAAUAAAGAGUAAAUAUACUUGAAAA